GGCCUCGGGGACCGGAGACGUCCCGGCUCCACGUCCGGGUCCCCGUCCCGUGCGCGCAGCGGCGGGGAGGGCUGGCCGAGCUACGGCGGUGACCGGAGGGCCGGGAGGGGCCCUCAGGGGCGCGCGAUCGCGCGUGGACAGCGGGGCUCGUUCCCCCGGGGGCGUCGCUCCCCGCGCGCGGGCUGGGCCGGGCUCCGCGUCCCCGCGCGCCGGCAUGACCUCGGGGCCCCCUCCGGGCCGCGGGAGCGCGGCUGUGAGGCUGGGCGGCCGCCGAGGCCCGGGCCGUGUAACCUGACCCGGCGGCCGGCCAUUGCGCCCUCCCUGUCCGCCCGCGGCCGGGCGCCGCUCGCCGCCUCCCGCCUCCGCUCCCCCUGCAUCCCCGGCCCGCGCCGCCGCUCCCUCCCGGGGCUCCCGGCCCGCCGCGCUCCAACGCCCGCCUCUCGCCACUGCCUCCCGACGCCCGGCCGCGCGGCCGCCUGUGUCUCUUUCUCCCUCUCUCCUUUGAAAACUGAUCUUUGGCUCUUAGUGUGAAAGUGAUUUGAAUUUGGCUCGGCGGCGCUCUGCGCCUGCGCUCAGCCUCUGGCAUGCUGGCUCCUUCCAAGCAGCUGUUUUGGGUUUGAAAUUCCAACAUGGCAGAGGCUGCAGUCCGUCUUCCCUUCAAAAACUUGGAAUGAUUUCAAAUCAUAGGCACCUUCACUUAACCCUAGCUUCCAUUCAUCAGCAAACACAUCGGAUCGAUGCUACGCUAACCUAUCGGGAGCUCGCUCUGCGCGUCCAGGUUAAAUGAAUACCUGACGAAAGGGCCCACGUUUCAAGGCAGUGACAUUUGAUAGCUGAGAGGAAAAGUGGCUUUAAUGAAAAGCAACCUUUGGAAUUCCUGCUUGUGAGAAAUCCAAUUCAGCUUUUUGUGCUACCAGCAAGAAAUGAUCAGUAGCACCAGUGUUUAUGUGUGUUCACUUGCCUGGAAUUGGGAUUAUAGCAAAAAGACUGUGGGAAAGAGCAAGAGUCUGCAGACAAGCCCCAAAAGAAAAGGAAGUGACACCAGCCUCAUAAACAUGUUUAAGGCUUGAAGAUGCAGUGGACGCCGGAGCAUGCCCAGUGGCCAGAACAGCAUUUUGACAUCACCUCAACCACUCGGUCUCCCGCCCACAAAGUUGAAGCCUAUAGAGGUCAUUUGCAGCGCACCUACCAGUAUGCCUGGGCGAAUGAUGACAUAUCUGCUCUGACUGCAUCCAACCUUCUGAAAAAAUAUGCAGAGAAGUAUUCUGGCAUUUUGGAAGGUCCCGUAGACCGACCUGUACUCAGCAAUUAUUCAGACACACCAUCAGGACUCGUGAAUGGUCGGAAAAAUGAUAGCGAACCCUGGCAGCCUUCCUUGAAUUCAGAAGCCGUUUAUCCUAUGAACUGUGUCCCGGAUGUCAUCACUGCCAGCAAAGCUGGUGUCAGUUCAGCCCUCCCUCCAGUAGACGUCUCGGCAAGUAUAGGGAGCUCCCCUGGGGUGGCCAGCAACCUGACAGAGCCAAGUUACUCAAGUAGUACCUGUGGAAGCCACUCAGUACCUAGUCUUCAUGCGGGGCUCCCAUCUCAGGAAUAUGCUCCAGGAUACAACGGAUCAUAUUUGCAUUCUACCUACAGCAGCCAGCCCACACCGGCACUUCCUUCGCCUCAUCCGUCCCCGUUGCAUAGCUCUGGGCUCUUGCAGCCACCACCCCCUCCUCCUCCCCCACCAGCCCUGGUCCCAGGCUACAACGGGACUUCCAAUCUCUCCAGUUACAGCUAUCCCUCUGCUAGCUAUCCUCCUCAGACUGCCGUGGGGUCUGGGUACAGCCCUGGGGGAGCACCCCCUCCUCCUUCGGCAUACCUGCCUUCAGGAAUUCCUGCUCCCACCCCUCUGCCCCCGACUACUGUUCCUGGCUACACCUACCAAGGUCAUGGUUUGACACCCAUCGCACCCUCCGCUCUGACCAACAGUUCGGCAAGUUCUCUCAAAAGGAAAGCUUUCUAUAUGGCAGGGCAAGGAGACAUGGACUCCAGUUACGGAAAUUACAGCUAUGGCCAACAGAGAUCGACACAGAGUCCUAUGUACCGAAUGCCCGACAACAGCAUUUCAAACUCGAAUCGGGGGAAUGGCUUUGACAGAAAUGCUGAAACAUCAUCCUUAGCAUUUAAGCCAACAAAGCAGCUGAUGCCCUCUGAGCAGCAAAGGAAAUUCAGCAGCCAGUCCAGUAGGGCUCUGACCCCUCCUUCCUAUAGUACUGCUAAAAAUUCAUUGGGAUCAAGAUCCAGUGAAUCCUUUGGGAAGUAUACGUCGCCAGUCAUGAGUGAGCACGGGGACGACCAUCGGCAGCUCCUUGCUCAUCCAAUACAAGGUCCGGGACUCCGUGCAGCUACCUCAUCCAACCACUCUGUGGACGAGCAACUGAAGAACACUGACACGCACCUCAUUGACCUGGUCACCAAUGAGAUCAUCACCCAAGGACCUCCCGUGGACUGGAGCGACAUAGCCGGUCUUGACCUGGUGAAGGCCGUUAUUAAGGAGGAGGUUUUGUGGCCAGUGUUGAGGUCAGAUGCAUUCAGUGGGCUGACGGCCUUACCUAGGAGCAUCCUUCUCUUUGGACCUCGGGGUACAGGCAAAACACUAUUGGGCAGAUGCAUAGCUAGUCAGCUUGGGGCCACGUUUUUCAAAAUUGCCGGUUCCGGACUAGUUGCAAAGUGGUUAGGAGAAGCGGAGAAAAUUAUCCACGCCUCUUUUCUUGUGGCCAGGUGUCGCCAGCCCUCGGUGAUUUUUGUUAGUGACAUUGACAUGCUUCUCUCCUCUCAAGUGAGCGAGGAACACAGUCCAGUCAGUCGGAUGAGAACCGAAUUUCUGAUGCAGCUGGACACUGUACUAACUUCGGCUGAGGACCAAAUCGUAGUCAUUUGUGCCACCAGUAAACCAGAAGAAAUAGAUGAAUCUCUUCGGAGGUACUUCAUGAAAAGACUUUUAAUCCCACUUCCUGACAGCACAGCGAGGCACCAGAUAAUAGUACAGCUGCUCACACAGCACAAUUACUGUCUCAAUGACAAGGAGUUUGCACUGCUUGUCCAGCGCACAGAAGGCUUUUCUGGACUAGACGUGGCUCAUUUGUGUCAGGAAGCAGCAGUGGGGCCUCUCCAUGCUAUGCCAGCUACAGACCUUUCAGCCAUUAUGCCCAGCCAGUUAAGGCCCGUUACAUAUCAAGACUUUGAAAAUGCUUUCUGCAAGAUUCAGCCUAGCAUAUCUCAAAAAGAGCUUGAUAUGUAUGUUGAAUGGAACAAAAUGUUUGGUUGCAGUCAGUGAUAACAUCUUUAAAAAAAAAUGUAAUGAAUGUUGGCACACACAUAAAACCUGCUACAUAGGGAAUAGAGCCCCUUUCCAGUAGUGUUUCAAUUGCUAAGGGUACUGGGGAAGACAACGAUUAUGUUGCAUCUUUAGAGUCAGGGUAGCUUUGGAGGAAGCAGGCAUCAGAUGAGAGCCUCUGAUUUGGAAGCCCCAGCUGACAGAAAGCAUAUACAUGUGGAUGCUCAGAUCGGUUCACGCUUAGACGACACUCACCGAGAAGCAAGGUGCAAGUGUGUUGAUUUCAGAAGGACAUGAACCUCGUGUGUUGAUUCCAUUCUGCUGUUCUCGAGAUUUAGUUGCUGUCAAGUGCCUGGAGUGGUGCUUUAUUUUUUUGUUUGUUUGUUUGUUUGUUUGCCUCACAAUUACAUUGGUGGCAUGUGCUAAUAUAAAGAGCUUUAACUUCAAACACUAUUGGACUAAAGAGAUGAACGGUUGUGUUACAACAGAAAACCAGAUUUUUUUGCCAUUUUAAGAGCAACAGUAUUCCUCAAUCCUGUCUGUUCUGCAGUGUUAGCUAAGAACAGGUAAAACAGGGUAACGGUAAUCUGGACCUUAAUUUCUGCAGUUCAUUUCUUUUAAUGUUCUUGUCUGCAAAAACUCAGGAAAGUGAUUGUGAUUUGUACAGUACCUCAAAGGAAUGUGUUAAAAGCACUAUGUACUGCUGAGAGUAAUAGGGUAGGCUUCAAUGUUACUUUAUAUUAAAAUGUAUGUUUACCUCAACAAUUGGAGAAGAGUAAGGAAAAUUCCUUUGAAUGUAUCCAGAAAAGAAAAGAAAAAUACUGAAGUGUGAUACAACUGAAUAGUUACAGUUUAAAAGUAGAAGUGCAAGGAUUUUUUUUUAAAGUUCUCUUACUAAUUAUGGAGAAUUACUAACCAGAGCAGAACAAUUACUGAAGAGUUCUUAAUGCAUUGCUCUCCUUGAUGAUUAAGCAGAAAUGUUCAUAGAAGUUACACUGGUUAAUUGAAAAGCUGUGUCUUCAGUUUGUGUUGGUGUUUAGAGCAGUCAGCUGCAGACCUGUUUAAGAUCCUGAAAGUGACAGAACCCACAAACUAUAACUGCCUUCUACUGCCAUGGUGGAGGUGGUGGUGGUGAUGUUUUGGAAGCUCUCUCUGUUAAUCCACUAGGGAAAGCGUCUAUUCUCUUCACUCAGAGUUUCUAGGCUUGCAGAGCUGUUUCCCGAAAAGCAGAGGAUAGAACCAAAUCAAACAUGAAAAUUAAAAA